AUGGACGGCCAGCUCCGCAUGCUGCCGUGGGUGUUCCUCAGCGAAGGUGUCGGGGGACUGAUAGCCAAAGCUGCCAUCUCGGGCAUCGAAUCCGACCGUCUCAACACCAACGAAUUCACAGUGGGAAUGAUUCUGCUAGACGUGCCUAACACCUGUGCCUUUGAUGCCGACUUGGAACGGCUGUCUGCAGCUCUGGACCACUUUACUGCUGACAACGCAGCCUUUGCGCAGCUCACUAAAGUUGAGAAUGACUUUCUUGACAGAGCUCGUAGCCUUGUGCUGUUCAGCUGUUUCUCGUACAAUGCGGCUCUUGAAAGAAGACAGUCCGUCCUGAAUGUUGCCAAUGAAGCUCAGAUCAGCGUCGACAUACAUUCAUUCGGCCACUACCGGCCAGGUGGUGCGAGCAUGGCGGAGCUGCACAAAAUCAUCCAGCGCGCCACAACGUUGUGUACGAUGCAACAAACGACGAAAUCCCGCACUGGAAAUCAGACUGCAGCUCUGGACAAGAAAUCCGCCCAGCUACUGGAGGACUUCUUUCCGCUCAACUGGGAUUUCUGCAUCUGCUCUCAUGCAGUCGUAUUCUCGAGCCCGAACAACCAGCCACUCAUAGAGACACAUGUGCGGUCAAAGAAGAAGCUGCUCAAGGAUUUCUGCCGCAUCACCGAGGAAGCGGACACGCCAAUAGAUUCCAACGAAGGCAGUCAAACUGUUUGCCUUCGGUGGUACCACGCACCGGCCAACAACGAAGCAUGGGCCGAGGGAAUCGUGAACAGAUUCCUCUCGACGAACCACAGUCUCAUAUCCAAGGCCGAGUUUGCUGACUUCUGGGCGCACAAUCAGCCUCUGGCCGAGGGCGCCUGUCUUGGGUCAUGGCGCAUCAACCCGGCAUGCGCGUCUUUUGGGAGUGACUCGAGUCGUAGUGAGGAUAGCUUUCCGGGGGACAAGGGCGUUGUUCUUGUCGUGAUGCCGUUCCUCCACUGGGAGAGUGUGGACCAUCUGGCCCGCCAAGAUGAAGCACUGGACAUGUUCCGGUCAGACAGAAUACCGCCCAGGCUCAGGGAAGAUUACGAAAAGGCAGCCUCGGAUCCAAACACGCGCUACACCAGCUCUUCGGUCGUGUCUGAGAAGACGAUGGUUACCUUGUUUCCGAGGAAAAGCCUAGAGAGCGGUCUCGUCGAGGUUGCGCAAAUGGCGGAUUUGGAGAGUGCCAUGCUCGGCGAGCUGUCCCGAAUCAACCACCCCUCCCACGUCCUUGCGAACGUUUACGAUUUCUGCGCACUCAUGCUCCAUAUCACAACGACCACGCUGCUUUCGCGGCUCAAACACCCCGAUUUUCUGUUCACUCACUUCUACCGCAAAGCAAUCGGAGAACUGAGGCAAAAGCACGUUGCGUCUCUGACUUCGUUCAAAGACCGAGACCUCCAAGGCAUCACCGACGUCUGGAAGGAUGUCGAGGAGGAAAACUACGAGCUCUCCCUCGUGUUGGAAGCCAACGCGCUCAAAGACGAACUCCACGUCAUCGGCCACAUCUUCGACAUGCAGGCCGGGGUGGUGAGCAAGUUUGCUGAGAUCAAAGCGACAUCCGACACGGGCGACACGCAUCUGAAAGACACGGCCAGCAAGCUCGAGGCUUUUCGGGUCGAGUUCCAGGGCCUGUGGAAGGACACGGAUGCCAUCGAGAGAGACCUCCUCCACUUGCUGGACCUGAAGCAGAAGCGCGCAAACCUCCGCGAGGCUCACUCUGCAUCGAUCCAGGCCCACGAGGCCAGCCAGCAGACGAGACACGUGCUCGAGCUGGCCGAGAGUUCGGCAUGGCAAAGCCGCAUCGUCAUGGUCUUCACCACCCUCAGUGCAAUCUACGUAGGAAUGCUCCGCUCAGCGCUCGAUCGUGUCAGGGCUGACUUUCCAGCUUCCGCUGUCAUUCGUCUGCUCGUACUACGGUAUGAACAUGCAUGA